AUGGGCUCGCAACCAGAUGUUACCCGUGAUUUAGAAUACCUUGAACUUGAAAAGAGAUACAAAGAGAUUGUUGCGUUCGCUGACGAACUUCGCUUGGAGACAAUGGCUUACCGCGAUCACAUUGCUAAUAUGCUGAACCAUCAAUUUCACUGUGCCAAUUACCUAGCCGGGGUAUGCGGUUUAGUCAUGGAAGAGGAGGACCCGUUGGAUGAACGAGUGGUGAGAUUACCCAAACGAGAGGCAGAAGACAUUGCUCCCGAAAUGAGACAAGCGUUGGAAGAUUAUGCUACUGCAAUGGCCUACUGCAGAGAAGAGUCUUUCUCCAUAUUGGACGAUUUAGAUGCCUUGGUGGUGAGACCAGCUAAUCGCUUUCAUAUGAUCACCAAAACCAUCGACAAAACCAUUACCAAGCGAGAGCAUAAACUGAUUGAUUUUGACCGACACCGUAUUGCGUACAUGAAGUAUUCGGCUAUUUCAGAGCCAAGCCCUAGUGAAGAGAAGAACAUGUUUAAACUGCAGACUCAAUUCGACAAUGCUGCUGCAGACUAUGAUUACUUUAAUAAUAUGCUCAAGGACGAACUGGUUCGAUUUUUGGAUAUGUCGCAAGAGUUUAUAGAGCCCGUAUUUCAGCAAUUUUACAACAUCCAGAGCAGAAUUGUGGGUGGAUUCUACAGCAGAAUAUACGAAGUGAUUCAGCAUAACGGUGCCGUAUUCCCAACAUUGAAUAUGCCGAUUGAGGAUGGCUUCAGGUCGAGGUUGAAGGAAUUCAAUGCCAGAGAAGAGCUUGAUCGAUCUGAGCUGUUCAAGGAUGGUAUCAAGCCAUGGCAACGAGGCAGCACGCAUUCGAGAUAUGCUAAGCAGCAGCAACCACAACGAGAUGCUUACUAUUCUGAAGACGAAGAGGAUGAUGAGUAUCUGUCUACUACACAGGGGUAUUCUAUGAAUAGAACAUUGUCAAAUCGCAGCAGCAGUUCCUCUCUUGGCGGUGGUCGACGUUCCUCAAUGACUCAUACUUACAACGAACAAUGCAGCAAUGACAGAUUGCCUGCUUAUUCCGAAAGAAGACCCUCGAUCACAGAAAGAAAGACAUCUGUGCCAGAUAGAAAGGCGCCAUUUGUUUCCGAUAGACCUUCGUAUAAUGAUAGAAGACCAUCCAUUUCUGACAGAAAAUCAUCCGUCUCGUCCUAUUCAUCUGACAGGAAGCCCCCACUUGCAGAGAAACCCUCUUUCUCUGACAAAAGACCUUCCAUCUCUGAACGACCUUCUUUUGCCAACAGACGGUCCUCUGUAUCCGAAAGGCCACCUAUCUCUGAGAGACCAUCUAUUAACAAUCCAAGACAACCACCAGCAUUGUCACCUCGUCCGUCUUUUACUGCAAGAAACAGAUCAUUGUCCACAUCCAAUGCGCCUCCACCAAUCAAAAGCCCCUCCACCCAUAUGCUGCAAUCAAACUAUAGCAACAGCAACAGCAAUAGUAGGAGACAAGAUGGAGCCAAUGGAAGUAUUGUGAAAGGGUUACAGUUAAAUUUAACGGAAGAGUUGAACAAGACAUUUUCCAGCACAUCUUCAUCUACAGCAUCGUCUAGAGUGCCAUCUUAUCGCUCAGAGUUGUCACCACCAACAUCUACAUCUACAUCUUCACCAAGCACACCACCCGCCACAAAUGAUGGUUACCGCCGCCGUAACACAGUCUCCUCACCCUUCUCAGACGAUGCUGCUACACAGUCAGUAAAAAAGAAACGUGCUCCACCUCCACCGCCACCCAGCAAAAAAGUAGCAAAUAGAAAGGAGAUAGUCGAAGCACUCUACGAACUAAAUGCUCCACAAGACGGUGAUCUUUCGUUUCAUGUGGGUGAUUUGAUCGAGGUGCUUGAGAAAUCAGACAAAACUCAUGAUUGGUGGAAGGGCCGUUUAGGUGAUCAAACAGGCAUGUUUCCUGGUAAGUUGUCAGCAAGAGUAGCACAAGUGAUCCAUGACUAA